CGUGUUUUUUUUUUUAACGUUUUGGAGCAAACACAACACAUCACGCUUUUUUCUCCGUCUGCUAAAUUCCACUUUUAACGUUUAUUUUAAUUCAGUCUUUGUUUAAUCAGUAAAAUGCGACUCGUGGAGCAUAAAUCUGGUUUCUCAGAGCGCUCUGGCCAAAUAUAGGAAGCAGUUUAAUCAACUGUGAUUGCACAAAAUAACUGCACCAGUGUGCGUGAGGUAAAUCAGACCUUUUGGACAGAAGGCCCACGGCUGCCAUGAGACAUUUUUGUGGCACUCAUCAAAGAUCAAAGACGCCCAUUUGCAUUAAUUAACGCCACUGAGUUAAAUAUUACCCUCAAGAGCCAAUCAAAGAGAUCGAGCAAAACGUGAAGACGAGAGAUCAAAGCACCGCCAAUCGAUCCGCUGCAGCGGUCACCAAAAACCAAAGCCAGCACAAGCCAGGCCUCGUUACAAGUUUUUCUUUUCUUUUUUUUAAUGGAUGCUGCUGUGCUGACCGCGGUCUGUCUCCACUUUGGUGCUUUGAAAUGAACCUCUCUGAUCUCUCUUUUAAAUUAAGGAAGAAAGGAUCCAUUACGCAAAGAAUGCAUUUGGUAUAAAGACUAAACACUGAUAGCUUUCGUUGGCUGAGUAAUUUACGGCAUCCCUGGCAUCGGUCCUGAACUGGAUGUCUGAAUUUAUUGUUACAGCAGCUGGACGACUUCCCAGGAUUGUUUAAACAAGACGUGACUGCCUGUGUGUUCAUAGAAGUGUGAUUUCUCUGCGCCCCGAAAGCGUCGCGGUGGAAUUAAAAACUGGUAGCCUUUGGUUGUUUUUAAUGCAUGACAGUAGUGGUGGUGGUGGAGGUGGGAAGCAUCUCCUUAACAGGCCAUUUUCUUUAUCUAAAUCUACUUCAAAUCGACUUCAGUGCCAAAAAUAUUUCAGCUCCCCCUGCCCUCUGCUGAGCCAUCUUAAUGUUUCUGGGUUUUCAUUCUGCUCUAAUUGCCACAGAAACGUAGAGGAAGUCAAUUUGCCAUAUAGAAAGACGUAAAAAUCCCCUUUCUUAUCUUUAUCGCAGGCCUAUUACCAUACAUGAAACUGAGCCUGCACCAUCAGCAGAAAGGCUUCCUUUUUACGCGCACACACAGACACACACACAUCCACACACACACACACACGCCGAUCCUGUGUGCAGAAAUGCAACGCAGGGCGGUCUGCAGCUGCAGAAACACUGUCCACUCCUUCACCACUCAAAGCCACGUCGCGUGCACCUUAACGCACGAGAGCCGCGUGCUUCUGCUGGGAUUAUUCACUAAUCCGGGAGGUUUUCCAAAGGUGAGAGGAGCCGGUGUGUUUUGUUUGCGUGCAGGAUUGUUUCAGCAGCGGAAUGAAUGUAGGUUGUGAAGGUAAGGCAGCCGAGCUGUUGUGCCGCGGACUGGGUUAUGUGUCUUUAUGAUUUACGAGCCCGACUCCAGCCGCGGUUCAACCAGAGUUCAUAAAGCUGCAUGCCUCCAGUCUUAUUCUCCCUCUCUCCCUCUCUUCCUUGCUCACUCCCUCUCCUCGUCCUUAAAACUGCGCCUUUAAUAAUUUCAUUCUCUUUAAUUUUGGAAGAAAAGUGAAUUAAAUUUAAUUGCCCGAGAAGAUGCGCACAAACCAGCCGCGGCGCACAAAGCACUUUUCUUUUAUUUUGCGUUUAAUUGAUGGAUUUUUCUUAGCAAACUGUGAUGUAACGUUUAAUUUUUUCCCCCUUAAAAAAUGCCCAACGCAGGGCUAUCCAUUAACUGAACAAAGGCUGCUAUUUAUUAGCAGUCAUACAGGCCUAAUUUAAUUUCCCGCAGCACCACUGAAAGCAUGAAUAAAAGCACUGUUAUUUGCUAUAUUUGUAUUUAAUGUAUGGUUUUAUAUUUUAGCUAUUUAUAUCUGUCAAUUAGUAUUAUUUUUUUCUCUUGCCCUGAAUCUGAAUCAAACAAAAGACUGCCUCCAAUAAAGCUGCCCCUUUAAUACUCUGCGAUCCUUAUAUAUUGCUUAUGCUACUUACAUAAUUAAAUGACAAUAAAAGGAAUUUGUAGGCCACUGAGGUCCAUAUUAAUUGCAAAGGGUGAACAAGAGGAUAAUAAUUGAAUUUCUGCAGAGAUCUUACAGGAUUAUCCUCCUCUUGGUGUGUUUUUUUUUCUUUCUUUCUCCAGCACACUCUUCAUUCUGCGUCGCCUCUCUGGCUUGGAGAGGCUUGCUAUUCAUGUCAGCAUACUAUUGAGUUGAUAAGAUGGAUCAUUUAGUCUCCUCCCUGAUUCUGUCUCCGUCUUUUUUCUUUUUUUGCUGGAUCGUCUCAGGCCAAGAAGCCCUCGGCUCUGUGGAAACCUGCCAUGUGACAUUUGGCUGCCAGCGCUUCGCCACAAGGUCAAAAAGGGAGGGGAGGAGAGGAGGGGGAGGAGGAGACCCUGUGCACGUUUAAUGGAAAUGCAGAAAACCAGCAGCGCUUCACACAGCAUCCACCAUCAUCACCAUCACCACCGUGACCUCUUCAGCGAGUCUCCGGAUGGUGUGAGCGGCUUUGAGGGCGCUCCUCAGCAGCAAGUGGAGGCGUCUGAGCAUGGCACGUUUCCCCGGAGGUCAAAGCAGCAAAACCCAAAGUUUGCAAUGAGCAGAAAGAUUUUCCCCUGGAUGAAAGAGUCCAGACACUCAAAUCAGAAACCCGGGAGGAGAGUCGCAGACUGCCCCGUGAACGAGAAGAGUCCAAGCAGCGCGACCCCGGCCUCCAAGCGAACGCGCACCGCGUACACGAGCGCGCAACUGGUGGAGCUGGAGAAGGAGUUCCACUUCAGCCGCUACCUCUGCAGGCCGAGGCGCGUGGAGAUGGCCGGCCUGCUCAACCUUCACGAGAGGCAGAUCAAGAUCUGGUUCCAGAACCGGAGGAUGAAGCAGAAAAAGGACCAGCGAGGUCAGGGCCUCCCUCCAGCCAUCACCACCUCCUCUUGCUCGCCCUCGUCCUCCCCCUCCGCCCCGGGAAGCCCCACUCUGUCGAGCCUGGGUUAUGUCCAUCUGGGAGGGGAUUACCAACCGGCCUCCCCUCCGCUCAGGCCCCAGCAGCAGCAGGAGCAGCAGCCUGCGUACCCGGCAAACUACUCUAAAUAUCCAGUUUCAGGCUUCACGCAUGGCCCACAGUUUGAUGUGCAGUACAGCACCCACACGAGCUCACACACACCAAACCCUAACCUGCGAGGAAACGACCUGACCUCGUAUUUCUCACAGAGCUGCAGUCCUCAGGAAAGAAUCCUGCAAGCUCCCAAACUGACCCACCUGUAGCGCACGGUGUGGAUUUAUAAAGAAGCGCAAUACUGAUAUAUUUCCAUGCAUGCGUUAUUUAUUUAUUUAUUUGACUAAUUAAUCAGAAUAUUAGUCUCAAAUGUUGUUGUUUUUUAUCUGUAUUUAUAAAUCAUUUGCUGUGUGUUUUAAAUGCAUAGUUUCGGUUAUUUUCUUUUCGACUUUAACUUUCGUUUAAUAAUUAAGACCUUAAAUUAAAAAGGUUCACUGCUGUAAUUUACCCAACAUAAUAAUAAUAAUAAUAAUAAUAAUAAUAAUAAUAAUAAUAAUAAUAAUAAUUUAUUCCACCAGAUUUAAUCUCCAAAAUAAAAGAGCCAAGAGCAAAUUUCUCUCUUUUAAUUAGAGCUAGCGCCUGAGGUUUAUAAUCUUACAUUAAGUCUUAUAAGAGGAGAGUGGAGCUUGUAGGCUUUGGAGGAUUUUACCCUGUAUGUGUGAACAACUUGUAAGCAGAAAAAGAAAGACGCUGUGGAGAAAAAAGACUGUAUAUGGUUCUUAAA